AUGGACCUCCCUGAAACCUUCGUUCUGAACAAUGGUCGCGUGGUUCCCGCCAUUGGCCUAGGAACUUUUCAAGGCGAAGAAGCAAACUCUAUUGUUAAGAAUGCCGUGAAGCUAGCUCUGGCACUGGGAUAUCGACACGUUGACGGUGCUCACGCCUACGGAAAUGAAAAGGAAAUCGGAGAAGCCAUCAAGGAGAGCGGAAUUCCUCGACAGGAUAUAUUUGUGACGUCGAAACUCGCGCAGACGUGGCAUAAGCCUGCAGACGUCGAAAGAGCCCUGAACGAAUCGCUCAAGAACCUCCAGUUAGAUUAUGUUGAUCUGUAUCUGAUGCACUUCCCUCAUGCUUAUAAGGCUGGCAAAGACAACAAGACCAUAAGACACCCAAGCGGUAAUGGCAAGCCUGUGAUUGACUACGACCUCUCUAAACGUUAUCCGGAGACGUGGCAAGCAAUGGAAGAGCUUGUCGCCUCUGGCAAAGCACACUCGAUUGGAUUGUCCAAUUUCAACAUUCUUAAGACCAAAAGAAUUCUCGAGAUCGCGAAGAUUAUUCCGGCUGUCAUCCAAGUUGAAAUCCAUCCAUACCUCCCACAGCAUGACCUCCACACGUUCUCGGUCCAGCAUGGUAUCCUCGUCAUGGCCCAUCAACCCCUUGGUGGCCGCCCUGUAGCCCUCGUCCGAGGACAUCCUGACGAGCCGUUUCCAACGGAAGACCAAAAAAUCAGAGACAUCGCAUCAAAGUGUAACAUGACUCCAGCACAGGUUUGCCUAUCCUGGGCCGUGCAAAGAGGAAUCCCAGUUGUUCCCAAGUCCGUCAAUGAGGCGCAUAUGAAGCAGAAUCUGCUGUUGAGAAGACUCCCUGACGAUAGUUUCGCCGUCGUAGAUCAACUUUCUUCAGAACGGGGCCCGCUUCGGUUUCUUGACCCUGGGCGGCACAUAGGAUUUGACAUUUUUGACGAAGAAGAGGACCAGCCGAUAGAUGAUAGCGCGCCCUGGGAUCAUUGCUAA